CAUUAUUAUCACGAUCGUCGCCGACGUCCUCGCGCUUAGCUGUCGUCGUCGUCGUCGUUGUCCUCGUCGCCGUUCGUCAUCUUCGCAAAGGCAGCCAACGUCCACUGCUGCACAGUGCACGUACACGCAUUAACGGAGGCGAAAGGCAAGCAGCUGCACAGCGCAUACAAGACAGUCAUAGGCAUGUAUAUAUACACACGACGGAGAAGCUCGUCGCGUAUGUAUCUUUCUCUGUGUGCUGCUGCUGCUGCUGCUGCUGCUACUACUACUCCGUGUGCAUGACCGACAAAACUCGAUCAUCGUCGUCUUGGUCUUGGUCGUCGUCUUCCGAGUGCUCCAAGCUAUACAAAGUUAUAAUGAAAAGAUAAAAUAUUUCCAUAUCGGCAGUGCGUGCGCGAGCCAAAUGAGAGAUAAAAAAAGAGUGCUAUGAUGUGCCCUCGCGAGGAUCAUCGACAUUAGCUGCUACUGCUACGCUGCUGCAGCUACCCAUUCCCGUCAUCGCUCAUGAAUGCAGAUGGUUUCCAACAGUUUAUCAUUGGUAUUCUUCUUUCACGCAUGGAAUCACGAUUCAUUAUUCGCUCUGCUACUCUUCGAAAUUAAGCCUCGAAGCAUCGUGAAGCGCUAUCGUUUCAUUACGGUAUCGUAGCAGCCAACGUUCGCACCUUAUCAAGAUGACACUGAACCAAUACAAUCUGGGUGCGAUGAUGCAGCUCGAGCUGUCCGACGCGUCCUGGAUGCUCAUCGCCAGUUUUCUCGUGCCUUGAAUCCUGCUAAUAAUGCAUAAAUAAAAGUCCAUUGCACCGAGUUAUUAUUGUGCCUGACAUGUGUAAAGUGACUUUUGCUACCAGUUUAUACAAAGUCUUCUGCACUGUUGUAGUAUUAGUUCUUGUACAUUAGAGAUCCUUUUGGUCUUUGAUGUAUGUGUAAGUGCCUAUCAAAAGUUGUUAUAACUUGAAAAUUUACUGUGUUGCAAGUAUGGAAAAUCAAAAAAGGACUCAGUGCAACUGUUGUAUUAAGAAACUUAGAUGUGCGUAGCGCAAAGUGGGUGUAUUUAUGACUCUGUCAGAUUGGAGCUAGCUCCCAGCAGGGAGCCUAGCAUGGGCCACUAUGAAUCCGCCUGCAGUCAGCAAGUCAAACACACGCUCUUCUGGAUACCAUCAGAAGGCGCUCGCUGAGAUUCGAAACUCCUUGCUACCAUUUGCUAAUAGCGGUGGUACUGGAGAAGGAUCUAGCGCUGCUAGUACAAUAUCCACACUUUCCACUACAAGCGGCGUUAGUUCUGCUUCUGGCUUAAGUGGCCUAUCUGGAGCUUCUGGAUCUAUAAAUGAUAAGUCUGAACAACGUCAGGCUUUAGCACAAUUAAUAGCAAUGGGCUAUACAGAGGAAACGAGCCUGCGGGCGCUGAAAAUGACCGGUUGGCGACUCGAAGCCUCCAUAGAGUUGCUGAAACAAGCCCUCUCGUGCGAGCAGGUGUCCACGAACGGCCCCAGCCUCAACGGAAUGAGCAAACUCAACGGCAAGCUCAUACGCAAGCCCAGUCUGGAGCGCGAAAUAUCGCUGCAACGCGGUUCGCCGGCCCUCGACAGCGGUGCUGGUAGUUCGCGCUCGGACAGUCCUCGAUUACCGACUGAUCCGAGCCAAGCGAACGGUCCGCAUCAUCCCCAGCUGAGCCGGCAGUACUCGCCCUCGUCGUUCGUCGAGCGAGAACCGCCUCCGCCUCCUCCGCCACGAUGUAGCUCGACACCACCGCCACCACCUCCACCUCACGCGCCCUACACUCCACCGACUGUGCCGGUAAAAAUGCAGGAAAUGAUGAAACGCAUGUCCCCUGCGCCCGUAGUGCCGAGUAGGCCACCUCUCGCGACGCCUGGCAGUGGUGCAUCUAUAUCGGGUGCUGGAAAUGGACCUCAAAGGGGCACCAGUCCUGUGUCUACGUCUAGCGUUGGUUCUGGAGGGAGACAGCCUAUGAUCGUACAAAAUGGACCCCAGGUGCAACAGCAACUGUCACAGCAAAUGCAAGCUCUAAGUAUAUAUCAGUCGUCGAGCAGUGGUGGUGCCACACAAGUAGAGCCACCGCCACCUUAUCCAAUUACGUCUUCUUCGUCAGCAGGUGUCGUGCAGCCGCCUUCGUACAGCGCUUCCAUGCAAAAUCGUCAGAGUCCAACGCAGUCGCAAGAUUAUCGUAAGAGUCCGUCGUCCGGUAUAUAUUCAGGGCCUACCUCGGCGGGCUCGCCCUCGCCCAUUACUGUGUCGGCCGCUGCUGCAGCCGCGGGUGGUCAGUCGCCGUCUCCGAUGGCACGACCAACGCCUCUGCAAGCCUGGGGCGCUCGUCAGGCCAAGACCCAGCCACCGAUCAUCAUGCAGUCGGUGAAGAGUACGCAGGUGCAGAAGCCGGUGCUGCAGACGGCGAUAGCUCCGACGUCGCCGCAGCCCGCCACUGUGCCGAGCAGUACUCCGCCACCGCCGCCCAGCUACGCAACCUCGAUACAGCAAAAGCAGCAAGCCGCCGCGGCCCAGCAGCAGGCGGUGCAGCAUCAGGUCCAGCAACAGGCGAUGCCGCAGCAGCAAGGGACGCCACCCCCGCCGGCUUAUCCACCGAGUAACGGUAGCGGUGGUGGCUCCAGUGCUGGUGCCUCGUCGAUCAGCAGCAUCGGGGUGACGGUCGGCGUGCCCACGACGGAACCACCGAGCUACGCCACGACCAUGCAAGCUCUGGCAGCUCAGAGGAACAUGCAUCACCCGUUGCCGCCACCUCCGUAUGGUACACCCACCAGCGACGACGGAUGCAUGGCGAUGGGCACGUCGGUGGAGAAUAGCUCGGCGCCCCGUUCGUCGCCAGUGGCUCACCAUCCCCCGUUGCAGCGCAAAUAUUCACCGGCAACAGUAAGCAUGAACGACGCAAACAACGGCUGUCACUCGGACAAUUCGCCACCCUUGCCUCCCACCGCUUCGUCCUCGGUACAAUCUAACGUCCAGCGGAACAGCAAUAACAGUAAUUAUCCGGCUAUGCAAGAGGGUGUAUCCGGUAAUGGCACGACAGGCAAUAAUCCGAACGAUAAGAAAUCCGGCAACGGUUUGUACAAAAUAAAGCAUCAAUCCCCUAUACCGGAGCGCAAACACAUGAGCAAAGAGAAGGAAGAGGAGCGCAGGGAUUGCAAGGUGCGAAAUUACUCGCCACAAGCCUUCAAAUUUUUCAUGGAACAGCACGUCGAAAAUGUGCUUAAAUCUCACAAGCAGCGACUCUUCAGAAGAUUCCAGCUUGAAAGCGAGAUGCAAAAGAUCGGCCUCAGCGCCGAAGCUCAAUGUCAAAUGCGCAAAAUGUUGUCGCAAAAAGAGUCAAAUUACAUUAGGUUAAAACGAGCCAAAAUGGAUAAGUCUAUGUUCACGAAAAUCAAGCCCAUCGGCGUCGGGGCUUUCGGUGAAGUGACUUUGGUGCGUAAAAUCGAUACGAAUCAAUUUUACGCCAUGAAAACGUUGCGCAAGGCCGACGUGCUGAAUCGCAAUCAAGUGGCUCACGUCAAAGCCGAGCGCGACAUCCUUGCCGAAGCCGACAACGAGUGGGUCGUUAAAUUGUAUUACUCCUUUCAAGAUAAAGAUAACUUGUACUUCGUCAUGGACUACAUACCCGGUGGGGAUCUCAUGUCGUUGCUCAUUAAAUUUGGCAUUUUCAAAGAGCCGCUGGCCAGGUUCUACAUUGCCGAGCUGACUUGUGCCGUAGAGAGUGUCCACAAAAUGGGUUUCAUUCAUCGAGACAUCAAGCCAGAUAACAUACUCAUAGAUCGGGAUGGACACAUCAAACUCACGGACUUUGGUUUGUGUACGGGCUUUCGUUGGACGCAUAAUUCCAAAUAUUACCAGCAAAAUGGGCAUAAUAAACAAGACUCAAUGGAUCCGACCGAAGAUUGGAACAACGAGUGCCGGUGCAUAACGUCAAAGCCAUUAGAACGACGACGGCACCGAGAACAUCAACGUUGCUUGGCCCACUCACUCGUCGGAACACCAAAUUACAUUGCACCAGAAGUAUUGCAACGAACUGGUUACACACAACUUUGUGAUUGGUGGAGCGUUGGUGUUAUUCUAUACGAAAUGUUGGUCGGAUCGCCGCCCUUCUUGGCCAAUACACCAGCCGAAACUCAAUACAAGGUAAUAAACUGGGAAACGACGCUGCAUAUUCCAAAACAAGCAAAUCUCUCCCCUGAGGGUAAGGAUUUGAUUUUAAAAUUAUGCGUCGGCGCGGAUCGUCGCCUGGGUAAAAAUGCCGACGAAGUCAAGUCACAUCCGUUCUUCGGAAGCAUCGAUUUUGAAAAGGGUCUGCGCAGACAAGUAGCUCCACACAUACCUCGUAUCCAGUAUCCCACGGACACGAGCAAUUUCGAUCCAGUCGAUCCAGAUAAAUUACGAAAUUCUGAAUCGUCGGAAUCGAGCAAAUCGGACGAGUUACUGGAUAACGGUAAACCGUUCCAUGGCUUCUUCGAGUUCACGUUUCGCCGAUUCUUCGACGACGGUGGUGGACCUGCUUAUCAUCCUAGUCGCAUCAGUCUCGACGACAACGACAAUCAAGGUCCCGUAUAUGUAUGACAUUAGGGGUCACGCGCAUUCAUAUAAGUGCGCGGGUAAUAAAUAUAUAUAUUUUUUAUUCAUUUACAUUAUUCCAUUCGUUCGUGUAUGGAUUGAGAGUAAAAUUAUUUAUAAGGUUAACUAAAAUUGAAAAGUUGCAAAUAUUUUGCAUAUUCGAUUUAAUAACAAUUAAUGUGAGAGACAUUGUAUAGAUUGUCUAAUACUCAUACUAGUUCUUUGGAAAACAAUCGUUCAAAAUAAUUAACCCUACGGGUUACUUGUCAGGUUAUAUAGUAUGCAGUACUAAUACUAAAUCCGACAACAUUUUAAUGAUUUAUUUCUAAACAUGGAACUAUAAAUUGUUGAGCUUGAAAUGAGAAAGUUUUGGAAAUUAUAAUGGAAGUGCGAAUUUUCUGUGAUUGGCUAGAAUAUAACUGUUUUAUAUUGCGUUUAUAAAAAUUACAUUAUGAGUAUUUUUUAAUAAUUUCGUUUACUCUUGAUGAUUAUAUAAUCCUAUAAGCAGCCGAAAAAUGAGCUUUAUUUCCAAUGACCAAAUGAUGAAGUAAAAGUAUCUUGUAUAUAUUAUAACGUUGAAAAUGAGAGACGUUAGAACAAAAUUUAACUAAGCGUUAAAAAAUCCAUACUCCAAGAAAAAGCUUUUGUAAAUGUCUCUUGUAAAAUAAUUGAUAAGAGUUGUAAAAUAUGGUUCAAGUUAGAUGCGUACAAAUAAUUGUCUCCGUGUUUGCGAAACCUUUUAAUCUUUUUUUGCCAAUAUUUUAGCUUGCCAUUUUUUAUCAUUCUGUCAAUCGGUUUUUUUAAGCAUGAAUAAAAGUACGCGUGUUUCGUUAUAAGUAUGUUUCAACAAUUACUGUGAUAUAGCAGAUGUUAGCAUAAUUUGGCUUGUAUCGGUAAUGCUCUUAACUAACGAUUUGAAGGUUUGAUUAAUAAGUCUAACAAAAAUUAUUUGUGAUGAUCAGUAUAAUCUGUGGUGUUCUGCUUUUGUAUGGUGCGGUCAUUUACUUCAUUCAAAUCACUCCAACUUGUAAAAUUAUUUGAUAAAAAUCGUUUGUGCAUCUCGCAUUGUAAAAUUAAUACAACAUUUAUUUAUAAUUAACUACUUGUCUUUCCCAAAGGUGCCUAACUAAUUAAAGUUCUGAAUGUGAAGUUGAUUGGUGUCGUUUUCUAUUUUCAAAAAAAAUAUAUAUCGGAAAUAAUUAUUAAAAUUAAAUGUAGCAUUAAAAAUUUAUUUUAUAAAUAGCAGCAAGCAGCAACACUACUUUGAGCGAAAAAAAAUUCUUAAAUUAGAUGAAUGUGAAGUUGCACGUGCUCAUGUAAAUACAACUGGAAAUUUAUUGUAAAAUUAUAUUCAUAAAUUAUUUAUAAUUUUCAAUGUUAUUCUUCACUCAUGAACUAAUUUAAACAAGAUUAUGGUGAUUGCGUUAGUAUUGAGUAUCUUGUUACAUGGAAAAAUCUGACUUUUAUUAUAAGUAUAGAAUUCUUAUUAAUCUUCGUGAACAAAACGAAUGUUCAAUUUUUAACCCGAUUUGUUUUAAUAAUAGGUAAUGCAAAAUAGUAUGAUAAUUAAAUGCGAAUAGUAAAUUUGAUGCUAGACCAGUGAGUGUAUAGAAAUUUAUAAAUUAUACUUAGCGAGCAGGUUAGUAUAAGUAAUUUGUCAACUUAAUAGACCUGCAUUUAAUCGUCUUCAUCAAUCAUGUGCCAAGGCCAUCUGUUUUGGUAAAAAGUUAGCAGAUGAUGCUUCCACAUAUGUAUAAAGAAAGUAUCAUUGUGUCAUUUGACGGGAUUGUUUGAAGAGAUCUUGCUUAUCAAAGUGAAAUACAAUAAAGUAGAAUUAUACUAAAUUAUACACAAAAAUAAUCGAACAAAUGCCGUGGCUGCCUGAUAUAUUAUGUAUAAUUGUAAAAUUACAAAUCUUAGGAUACAAUUGAAAUGUUAAUAAAUUGAAAAAUGUAAUACUUUUAUUAAUUUAUAUAGAUACGUAUAUGUUUAUAUAUUCAUGUGCAUAUCAAUCCAUGCAUUAUGAAUUAACAUAUGUAUGUAUACAUGUAUUGUUGAGAUUUUUGUCGUACUAUUAGAAAUAAGUAUUAAUUUAAUGGUCCUUCUAAACGAGUGUGUUACAUUGUCGUAAUAUGUAAAGAAAAAAGGCAAAGCAGUAAAAUGUACCGAGAUUUUUGUUCUUGUUGAAUCGAGUGUCAUAGUUUAAGCGCAUCAAUCGUUGUCACAAUCAUGAAAUAUAUAAUAUUAUAUGCAUGUGAAUAAGCGUGUGGGUGUGUGCGACUGUAUGAGUGUGAACUGUGUUAAUCGUUCUCGUAUCACAUUAUUUUUCUAAGGAAACGGAAUUGCUUGAUACGUUUGACUGCUUUGCCGUUUACUAAAGAUGAGGUGAAUUAUUUGUAAUAGAUCAUUUUUACGCGAACGAAAGAGGGAAUAAGUGAGCAAAAGAUCUGUUAAAUGAUAUAUAAAUACGUGCAAAGACACGAUUUGUGUAUGCGCGUGUGUAUAAUUAAGUUUGGAAUAUUUACAUACGUGUAAGAGGAUAAACUGACAAAAAUCGAUAGACGUUUGUAUACGAUAUUUAAGCGUCAAUUCGGUAAAAUGUGUACAUUUUGUAAUAUCUCCUUACCCCAAUAUUCAUACCCGCCAAGCACGCAAUUGUAAUUUAUACAAAAAAAGGAAAUAUAAGCAAUCAAUACGCCUUGAGAAGGUUUGAUGUAGUGAAAAAAUUAAGCCUAUUAUUAUUAUUUAUUA